AUGUCACUUAUUAGAUGCUUUACAUUAUACGAUUGUUAAAAGGAUUAGUUUUAUUUAGUUUCUGGUGAUAAGUUAUUCCUUACUACAAAACUAAAUUCAAUAUUCCUAGAAUUAAAUCCAAAACUUAAUGAAAUCAAAGUCGAACCACCUUUAUUUUUUAUGUUUAGAUCAACUUUAGGAUGUUUCAUCUGUUAAUAUGAUCCUUCUAAAAGUAAUUUAAAUAUAUAAUAUUAAAGAAUACUAUUUUACUUUACUUUCUAAUCCUGAAUUGGGUGAAGAAUAAUAAAAGAAGAUUUUAAAUAAAAUCUCUAAACAUAUAUAAGAAAUGCCAAAUUAUAAUGAAGUACAUCAUUAAUUCUAAAUUAGAUAUCGGUGGAAGGAAUUCAAAAUUAAAAAUAGAAAGCAAUUGAAUAUUUAAUCAAAGAUUGUGAAAAUCUAUUAUAAAAAGAAACCAAGAUUAUUUAAGACUAAGUAAUUGAUUAAGAUUAAGUAAUAUUUAAUUCAAAUUCUGGUAAUCUUUUUAGUUCAAAUUAAAACAUUUUCUAAAGUUAAGCAGUAAAUGUAAUUUUAUGAUUUAAGACCUUAAAACAUGGAUUUAAUACAACGAAAGAUUUCAGUUCAGAAAUAUUGGUCAGGAUAUUUAGGUGUUUCAUGAUGUAUGAUUACAAUAGACAAUUUUUCUUCAUGUUUAUUAGGAGAGGAUUCCCUAUAGAUAGGACAUGGUCAUCUGAAAGAAAUAAAUUAGAAAAAGAAAUUUUGAAGAAAGUUCAAGAUCCUGAUGAUCCUAAAGCAAAACCUUAAGAACCACCUUUGAGUUUUAAAUAUAAAGGAGAAUUCGGUGUUUAUUAAGCUAAAUAUGAUAAGGAAGCAAGUAUUAAUUAUUAAUUGAUUUAAGAAUGUUAUUUUAUAUUAUUAUCAAGAUUUGGCGUUAAGUAGGAUGUUUAAAUAAGUUUAUUGAGUAAUUUAUAUGAUGAAAUAGUAAAAGUAAAAAAUUAUAUAAAGGUACUAUAAUAAUAUAAUUCUUAGAUUAAAUAUGAUUCUUUGGAACAAAAAAUUAAGAGAAAAAUUGAAUAAUUGAUUAAUAACUAUGAAUAGGAUGUUACAAAAUAGGUAGAUUAAGCUUUUAUUGAUUAAUAAUUAUUUGAAAAGAAAUAUAAAAAGUUUGAAAUGGAUUAAAUAAGAGUUAAUUAAUAGUAAAUUAAAUCUCCUUUGUUAGAAGAAUAAAAUGAUGAUGAUAUGAAGGAACAUCUAAAUAAAUAAUAAGAGAAUGCCUUAGAUGAAGAGGAUAUAGUACCUUGGAUAACUGAAUUAAAUGAUUAAAAUGAUAGACAAUAGUUAUAUUAAUCAAAGAGUAAUUUGAACAAUAAUAAUAAUAAUUUAAAAAAAUUGAAAUGA